GUAAUCAUCAUCACCAUGUUGGCUGAGAAUGAUUUGCAUCCAGGAGUGCCCUGUCUCCAGAGCUACUCAGAGCCUACUGAUGGGAAAGUGUAUGGAAUGUAUCAUGGUACCUCUCCACAGUCUGCUGAACAAAUCAUGAAAACCGGCUUUAAACAGUCUGCAAGCAGCAUGUUAGGGCGUGGUGUGUACCUCAGUCGGGAUCUUAAUAAGGCCAGUAGAUACCCUUUGGAGCUACCUGAGCACCAGAGAGUUGUUAUAAGAGUGAGAGUCAAUGUUGGGAAAGUGAAGAAAAUUGAUAAACAAGGUCACCCACUGCAGAAAACCUGGCAUGAUCAUGGCUACGACACAGCUUGGUGUCCUCCUGGAUGUGGCAUGGUUCGAAGUGGUCUGGAAGAACCCAGGGAUCCAAGACUUAUUAAGAUCAUUGAUAUAAUUCAAACCUCUGUAAUCAUCAUCACCAUGUGGGCUGAGAAUGAUUUGCAUCCAGGAGUGCCCUGUCUUGAGAGCUACUCAGUGCCUACUGAUGAGAACGUGUACAGAAUGUAUCAUGGUACCUCUCGUCAGGCUGCUGAACAAAUCAUGAAAACCGGCUUUAAACAGUCUGCAGACGGCAUGUUAGGGCGUGGUGUGUACCUCAGUCGGGAUCUUAAAAAGGCCAGUAGAUACCCUUUGGAGCUACCUGAGCACCAGAGAGUUGUUAUAGUUGUGAGAGUCAAUGUUGGGAGAGUGAAGAAAAUUGAUAAACAAGGUCACCCAAUGCAGAAAACCUGGCAUGAUCAUGGCUAUGACACUGCUUGGUGUCCUCCUAAAUGUGGCAUGGUUCGAAGUGAUCUGGAAGAAGAUUGUGUUUGGGAUCCAAGACGUAUUGAGAUCAUUGAUAUAAUUCGUCCGAGAACAACCUCUGUAAUCAUCAUCACCAUGUGGGCUGAGAAUGAUUUGUAUCCAGGAGUGCCCUGUCUUGAGAGCUACUCAGUGCCUACUGAUGGGAAAGUGUACAGAAUGUAUCAUGGUACCUCUCGUCAGGCUGCUGAACAAAUCAUGAAAACCGGCUUUAAACAGUCUGCAGGCGGCAUGUUAGGGCGUGGUGUGUACCUCAGUCGGGAUCUUAAAAAGGCCAGUAGAUACCCUUUGGAGCUACCUGAGUACCAGAGAGUUGUUAUAGUUGUGAGAGUCAAUGUUGGGAAAGUGAAGAAAAUUGAUAAACAAGGUCACCCACUGCAGAAAACCUGGCAUGAUCAUGGCUACGACACAGCUUGGUGUCCUCCUGGAUGUGGCAUGGUUCGAAGUGGUCUGGAAGAAGAUUGUGUUUGGGAUCCAAGACGUAUUGUGAUCAUUGAUAUAAUUCGUCCGAGAACAACAUCAGGACCAUUCUAUGACUGUUACCCUGUAAAGAAUGUAUCAUACAGUAGUACCUCUUCACAGGCUGCUGAACAAAUCAUGAAAACUGGCUUUAAUCAAUCUGCAAGUGGCAUGUUAGGGCGUGGUGUGUACCUCAGUCGGGAUCUUAAUAAGGCCAGUAGAUACCCUUUGGAUCUGCCUGAGCACCAGAGAGUUGUUAAAAGGGUGAGAGUCAAUGUUGGGAAAGUGACUAAAAUUGAUAAACAAGGUCACCCACUGCAGAAAAACUGGUGUAACAAGUGUGACCGAGCUUUUUGUUAAACAGGGUGUGUAUGGUGCAGUUGCACAGAAUAUGGUGAAUUUCCAUCAAAAGGAAUGAAGAAGUGUAUCAGUAAUUUAGAGCAAUAUGUACAUGUUUGCUUUAAUUAUCAACUAUAAAGGAAUAUGAGGAACAUAAUCUGGACAACAUGGCAGUGAACCUGAGGUUUAUUGUUACAGAAAUAUUCACAAAAUCAAAAAUUAUCUAAUUAUUUGUGUUAAACAACAAUGUAUUUGUCAUGUUCAUCAUGUUUAUUAUUAAGAUUCAUAGAUUAUGUAGCAUGUCUGACAUAUAAAUCCCUGUGAACUAGCUGUUGCGCUAUAAAAACAUAUAUGAACAAAAACAGAAGUAACUUAUGGUUUGUAUGUAUAUUCACUUGAAACCAAACCAUGUAAUACCCAAACAACAUACACCAAAAAAACAUUAUUUUAAAUGGUAUAGUAAAAUGUCUACUGUACAAACAUCAUACCACACCUACAGACCAGCAAAACUCACACAUCUGAAAGCCCAAGAUAAAGAAAUGAAAGUGAAAGAAAGAAAUUUAUCAUUUACCGUAUUUUAAAUAAGAGAAGCUUAGGCCAAACAUAUCGUGUUUAUAUAUUGAAAGAAAGCUUGAGGUUCAGUUACACUGAAUGAGGUUCAAUAUCUGGCAUUUUGGUCAAAAAUGAUUUAACAAUUUAACCUUCAUUACUUGAUAAUGAAGCAAUGAUAAAAAAGGUUUAAGGUUAAGAAUUAACAAUUCUUAACCUUAAAAGGUUAACAAAAAGGUUAACAAAAAAGGUUAACAAUUUUUGUGUAAGGUUUAAAUAAUAUUGUUUUUCUUUAAAACAUAUAAACUUUUCAAAAUUUUUUAUAAAGAUCCACCUGCCAUUAAAAUGUUAUUUAUCAUGAAAAGGAUUGUCAGGAAUAUUUUAGUGAAUCAUUCUGUGCAAAGUUCAGAAUGAAA